AUGAAAAAGAAAUCAAAGAAACACCAUAAAAAGAAACAUCAUUCCUCAUCAUCAUCUUCAUCUUCGAAAUCUUCCAAAUCUAGAUCUAGAUCUCGAUCUAGAUCAGAAUCAAAAUCGUAGAAAUCCAAAUCCAAUUAAUUUAAUAAAGAAAAGACUGUUGACUCUGCUAUUCAAGAUCAAUCGACUACACGACCGUAUAAAGUAAAUAAAUUUGCCCUUGGAUCAAUGCUAUUUGAAAAUCGUAGAACAAAUGAUAGGAUGGAUAAGAAUGAAGUUUAACAUGCCAAUACUCAAUUAAAGAAAAUAGAUAAAUCAGGGAGGGAUGCUAUAUUAUUAUCAGCUGCAAUAAAUACGGUGCAAGAGGACAACAAAAGAGAAGAAUAUUAAAUUGAAUUAGUAAAUGGAUAGUAUAUUAAGAUAGCAAAGCCAUAUAGUUGCGGAUUUAGUAAUUGUAAGAUGAGAUUUGUUACUACAGAUGAAUUAACAAAACAUUUAAGAGAACAUGAUAGAGUGUAAUCAAUGAAAAACACCCAAAGAGCUUAAAAGUUUAUGGAAAACUUAUGA